AUGGCUCCCAGGAAGACACCACACGUAACCAGAAACCCAGAUCUGAUUCGAGGAAUCGGUAAGUACUCGAGGUCAGUGAUGUACCACAAGAGAGGUUUGUGGGCUAUUAAGGCCAAAAACGGCGGUGUUUUCCCUAAACACGCCCCUAAAGCUAAAGCUGCCUCCCCUGUCGAGAAACCACCUAAGUUUUACCCGGCUGAUGAUGUCAAGAAGCCACUGCCUAACAAGCGGAAGGCUAAGCCCACCAAGCUCAGGGAUAGUAUUACUCCAGGAACUGUUUUAAUUAUUCUUGCUGGAAGGUUCAAGGGAAAGAGGGUUGUGUUCCUCAAGCAGCUUUCUUCUGGGUUGCUUCUUGUCACCGGACCGUUUAAGAUCAAUGGUGUUCCUCUUAGGAGAGUCAACCAAUCUUAUGUGAUUGCAACUUCGACCAAGGUUGACAUUUCUGGGGUUAAUGUGGAGAAGUUCGAUGAUAAAUAUUUUGGCAAGAAGGCUGAAAAGAAGAAGAAGAAGGGAGAAGCUAACUUCUUUGAGGCAGAGAAAGAGGGUGAGAAUGCUCUCCCGCAGGAGAAGAAGGAUGACCAGAAGUUGGUGGAUGCACCACUUAUUAAAUCACUCGAGAGUGUUCCAGAUUUGAAGGCAUACUUGGGAGCAAGGUUCUCUCUCAAGGACGGAAUGAAGCCUCAUGAGCUUGUGUUCUAA